AUGGGUUUCUUCCACAGAAAAGCUGAGAAUAGAAAGAGGAAGAAUCUGCUUCAAGGAUUGUAUGAUGAGAAUGGAUCUUGGUGUGAAGAUGACGCUGGAGUGGAGAGGAUUGUCUCUUCCUAUUUCACCAAAAUGUUUACUGCAUCAGAACUUGAUUUUGAGGCCAUGGACACCACUAUUUCUGCUAUACAAUCUUGUGUCUCUCAGGAGAUGAAUGAAGAGUUAUGUCGACCUUAUAGUGGAGAGGAGAUAAAAUGUGCUUUGUUCCAAAUGUAUCCUACAAAGUCACCUAUUAAUUUUACACAUGUAUGUCUAAUCCCAAAAGUGAACAAUCCUGAGAAUAUGUCUGAUCUUAGGCCUAUUGCCUUGCGCAAUGUGAUACAUAAGUUAUGUUCGAAAGCUAUUGCUAAUAGAUUGAAAGUUAUCUCAGCUUCCCAGAGUGCUUUUGUUCCAGGAAGAUUAAUAACAGAUAAUAUUUUGGUGGCUAACGAGAUGGCUCAUUUUAUUCAUAAUAAGAGGGAAGUCAGAUACUCUUUUCUGGUUCGAGGUAAGCAGCGUGGUGUCGUAACUCCUUCUAGAGUCUUAAGGAAAGGGGAUCCUCUUUCCCCUUACUUAUUCCUUAUUGGAGCUGAGGGGUUUUCAGCCUUGUUGCAGAUGAAACAGAGAGAUGGUUUACUUUCUGGAAUUGAGCUUUGUAGGGAUGCACCAUCAGUUAAUCAUUUGUUGUUUGCUGACGACAGCAUGUUAUAUGCUAAAUGCCGGUUUGGAGGAUUGUUAUCAGAUACAAGACAUUACAUACAGGAGGAGGUGUCUAGUCUAUUGGGAGUGGAGAAUGUUGAUUCACAUGAAAAGUAUUUAGGCCUCCCAACUUAUGUUGGUAGGGAAAAAACUUCAACUUUUCAGUACAUUAAAGAUAAUUUGGCCAAGAAGUUGAAGAAUUGGCAGGGCAAAUUGUUAUGCGGAGCUGGGAAAGAUAUUUUAAUCAGAGUGGUUGCUCAAGCCCUACCUACGUUUGCUAUAAGUGUUUUUCAACUUACAAAAUGCUUAUGUGAAGACUUGGAGCAAAUGUGCGCUCGCUUUUGGUGGGGAAGCUCUCUUGAAAAAAGAAAGAUACAUUGGUAG